AUGGAACCCUGUGCUUGUGAAGAGGCGAGGCAAAAAUGCACAAACGAGUACUGUGUGCUUGCGCCUUACUUGCCUGCGAACAAUCCGGAGGUUUACGCUUGUUUGUCUCAAGUGUUUGAGAUUAGCGUUGUGGUUAAAAAUCUCAAGGAUCUUGAGCCUAGCCAGAGGCAAAAAUGCGUGGACUCCUAUUAUUUCGAGGCAAAAUACCGUCUCCUAGACCCAGUCUUGGGCUACGAUGGUUUGGUUCGCCACCUCCAGCGUCAAAUUGAAGACCUUAAGCUCGGUUUGGAGAUGGACAAGAGGGGAGCUCAAGGCUUUGCAAGAGGCCCACUAUCACAAUCUUAUGGAACAACGACAACACCAUCAACAUCCGAUUAG